GCUUGUUCGUGAUUACAUCUAGUAAGCGGUCCACGACAGUUCGCUGCCACGAGUCGACGGAUUCGGUUGACUCGGCUGCUGCAUCGUCCUCGAACAACGGCGAACGCUUCCCCCGUUGCAAUACGACCUGAUAGCCCGUUGCAACACCGAGGAGGGAACGCGCGUGCAAAGACCGCAUUGACCUAAGUCCCCUUGUGUAAAACUGAUCAACCUUUGACACUUAACCAGCGACGAAAGUCUAUCACGCACCGGUCGACGAUCUCCCCUUCAAACUUCUCUCCUGGAUUUUAUCGGCUGUUCACGAUAUCCUUCGCAGGAUUUUUUAACGUCUUUCCUCUCUCGCCUCAUCUGAGAACAUCAUGCUACCAAGAUUGAUGGUCGCUCUACUGUUCUUAACAAUAGCAGUUAUAUUGUCGGAGGGAUGCGAGUUGGAUCAAAUGCGAUACGGGUGUCGUAUUUAUAAUGCGGAAUGCAACUGCGGCUACGGCUGCAAAUCCGAGUACAGAUACGACAACAAUAACGAUUGCAAGUUAGCGCUGGAAGGAGGCCGUAACGAUAUUUGCUCUCACUCGAAGCCUUGCAUGAACAACGGUUCAUGUUCCCAAAUAUCGUCAGAUCCUGGAUUUAAAUGUCGCUGCGAAGGAACUGGAUUCUACGGCACUUACUGUGAAACACCUUGUCCGCAACCAGACAAUUUGCUUUUCCGGGGACAAUAUCCUUACGAGUGCGUCGUAAUCUAACUCGGAGCUCUCUUCUUACUUUCUGACCCAAAUUUGUCUUAAUAUGAUACAUACGUACAAAAAGAGGAAACGUAUUCCAUAAAAUAUAUUUACACAUCCUUGUACAUACAUAAUAAAUAUUAAAACAGA